UCCCAGAGUACGACGUCAACUAGAGAUGGAUAUGCCAGCAUCGCCUGCUCCUGUGGCCUUGUGAACAGUCAGCUGAGUCAGGUAGUUUGUCCAGACGAAUAAAUAGACGUUUUUAGAAAUGGCUGGAGAAGGAGGUUUUGAUAUUAACUUCAAGGAUGAAGUCUCGGCAACAGGGGCUCGGUUGAAGGGUGAACCUGUGCCUAUAGUCCUAACUGGAGAUGAUCACUCAUUCGAACUGGACGAGGCCGCACUCGAGGCCAUCCUGUUUGACCCUAGAGUCAAGGACAAGAAAGCUGUCGUCGUCUCAGUCGCUGGCGCCUUCCGAAAGGGAAAAUCAUUCCUCCUAGACUUCUUCUUGAGAUAUCUAAGUGCAGAGGGUGGUUCAGACUGGCUGGGAGAUGACAAUUCACCCCUAGAAGGUUUCUCGUGGAGGGGUGGGGCAGAGAGGGACACGACAGGCAUCCUCAUGUGGAGUGAGCCCUUCAUCCUAACAUUACCUAAUGGAGAGGAGGUGGCAGUAUUGUUGAUGGACACGCAAGGGGCCUUUGACAGUGAAUCUACAGUGAGAGAUUGUGCUACAGUGUUUGCUCUCAGCACUAUGUUAAGCUCUGUGCAGGUGUAUAACUUAUCCCAAAACAUACAGGAAGAUGAUUUGCAGCAUCUUCAGCUUUUCACAGAAUAUGGCCGCCUUGCUCUGGAGGCCAAUGACAAUGUGUCAAAACCUUUUCAGCAUUUGGAAUUUUUGGUCCGGGACUGGAGCUUUCCUUAUGAGGCCUCUUACGGAAAUGUUGGGGGUCAAAAAAUAUUGGACAGACGUUUACAGAUUUCAGACAAACAGCACCCUGAACUACAGCAGCUAAGACGCCAUAUCCGCUCCUGUUUUGAACAGAUCAGCUGUUUCUUGAUGCCCCAUCCAGGUCUUAAGGUAGCAACCAACCCACACUUUGAUGGCAGAUUAAGAGAUAUUGAGCAAGAUUUUAAGACAGAGUUGCGUUUCCUGGUUCCACACCUGUUGUCCCCAAAGCAUGUGAUCGUGAAGGAGAUCAACGGCCAGGAGGUGACCUGUCAAGAACUCGUGGAGUAUUUCAAGGCCUACGUCAACAUUUACCAGGGGGAAGAACUCCCAGAGCCAAAAUCAAUGUUGCAGGCGACAGCAGAAGCCAACAAUCUGGCAGCAGUGGCCAAUGCCAAAACACUGUAUAACAAACUCAUGGAAGAGGCUUGUGGUGGUGAUAAGCCAUACCUCCACCCUGAGUAUAUGCAGAAAGAGCACCAGAAGAGUAACCAGAAUGCCUUACAGAUGUUCCGCUCGUCCCGGAAGAUGGGCGGCCCCGAGUUCAGCCAGACGUACGAGGAGCGUCUACAGGAGGAGCUGCAGGAGGCCUACGAAAGUUUCCAGAAGCACAAUGAGAGCAAGAACAUUUUCAGCGCCGCUCGUACGCCGGCAGUGUUGUUUACGAUGAUGGUGGUGUCGUACCUGGUGUCAGGUGUGUUUGGCUUUGUGGGGCUGGAGUCGCUGGCUAACCUGGUCAACAUGGUGUUAGGUGUGUUCCUCAUACUGCUUGUGUCCUGGCUAUAUGUGAGGUACAGUGGAGAGUAUCGGGAGCUGGGCCUGCACAUCGACCAGCUGGCAGACACACUUUGGGAAAAGGCUGUUUCUCCUGUAUAUAUGGCGGUCAUACAGCAAGGUGUUCAACACGCAGUGACAUCAACGGCAACACGAUCGUCUGCAACUGCAAAGAAGCGCAACUAAGGCUUGUAAGGAUGGGCAUAUAAUAAACCUGUGUGGAUGUAUCAAUAGCUAAAACAGGAAGAUGCACCUCUGUUUAAGUAAUGGCAGUUGUUUUGCGACUGAUUGUGGCACAUUGCUUAACAUGAUGUGGCUAAUGAACAGAUCGAUUAUGUCAAGGAAAUGUAGGGUGAAUCUCUGAUCUAGAUUUCAGUGAAGAACCUUGUUCUAAAUUUAGUGUGUGUAGAAUAACAAUCUACGGUGAACAAGUUUCGUAGUUAUUUGACAAGAGCAUUGCUUUACUAAUUCAUCUUUACAGUUUUCUGGCUCAGUGGCUCAGUGAAACGGAGGGAAAUUAAGGCUCUUUGAUGAAAAUGGCUCCUGGACCACUUGACACAAAUUUUAGGAGCAUAUUGCAACAUGAUGUUGAAUGAUAUGACUAAUUUACACCAAACAAUUUGCCUUUCAUAAAACAAUAGAAUUUUUUUUGUCUCUAUUGGUUGGAGAGUUACUGUUGCAGAACUAUAUUAGAGGUGCAUCUUCCUCAGGUUGACAAACCACAUCAUCGGUGAAUGUACACUGCCCACAACCAUCUCCAUCCACCUUACCUGUCGUCAGGAAAUUGUAAAUGUUGACAACAUUUAUUUUAGUUGAACUGGUAAGAGUUUUUUUUUGUGUGUGAGUAAGUCAGUAACUGUACAUAUAUACAGGUCAGUUAUGUUUUACUCUGAAAUGAGCCAGAUCAAAGUCUUGUCUUUUUCUGCUGCUCCAAAGAAUCCGUUUGCUGUAAAAUGGGUGAUUAAUGGCUUAGACGACCGAGAUAAAAAGCUAAAAAUUUGUGAUUGAACACAUAAAUUGAUCAGAUCACAUAUGUUUUAAGUAUGAAAUGACAAAUAUCAACAGUUAAAGGGAAACACAAUCAACCUGAUUGGCUUUUGCUUGGAGAUAGGAUUUCCUGGGUGAAAGCCUCAAAACUUGCCCAAUGGCCAUGGGUUGAUAAAUGUACAGUACCUAAAACAUCUAAUCAGAGACGAUUUUGCACUCAUACAUAUUUUGGCAUGAAAAUUUACAGAGACCUGACAGCAGAGUAAGCUCAAGAAUAGAAUAGUUUUGCAACCAAGGCUUUGCACCUGAAGCCCUGAGCAGUGGCGAUGGCUAAGACUCCGAUCUGUCUCCUGCAGGUGAUGGAUUUUACAUCAGAGACAAAUAUCAUCCAAUCAGAUAUCAUCAUCAUCAGUGACCAGACCCAUGUGAAAUAAUUAUCAUGAAUUAUGUAAAUUGCUCUUCAUAGAAGUGACCAAUGGGGAAAUGUAAUGGUUUUUUACCUUAACACUUGAUGUGAAUUGUACAGCUGAUCUGAAGAUAUGUUGAUUAUGACGUGCUUUGAUUCCAAUAUUAUUUCAGGCUUUAUAUUUUCCAAGUUUACAGCUUGGAUUCUGAUGUGUUGAUAUUUUUCUUUGUGUGCCAAUGCAAACUUUCAUAUUUAUGGCUAUUUACUUUGAAUUACUUGUAUGGGAAUACAGCAGUAUAUUAUGCCAAAUAUUCUUUAUUUAUUGUUAAAAGGAGUGAUUAUACCUAUCUUGAUAGUCAUCAAACAAUUCUUUGAGAAUUGGCUGCAUUAUUUGCACCACCCUUGCAUUGUACAGUGUAUUUGUGUUUCCUGUGUUCUGAUAUUGCGGUUGUGUUGAUGAGAAACUGCUAGAGGUUUCACUUUCUUCUCAGAUGGUCACCUGUGUAGCUGACCAUGUUGUCAAGUUUCUCUUGACAACAUUUCUGUUGUCACAUAUCUUCUGAGUGAGUAUUCUGAGUGAGUCAUGUGAUAUCGGCCUGUCAUUUACUGUUGUAGUGAAAGUCAGAAGAAGACACUAUCCUUGUGUACAUGGAAAUGCAUAUAGUUUAUCCUUUCUUUUGAUGAAAUGAGGAAAGUAAUGUUAGUGUUAGUAGGUGCGUUUUAAUGUUGCAUAAGAAAUCUAUGCAGCUUCAUCAAAAGGUGUUUAAUUUGGUUGUUGUUUUCAUCUGUAUUUCUCUUCUCCAUUUCAUAUUAAUCUUUUUAAAGUGUUUUAAAAUCUGGACGGUGUAGAAAAGUAGUCAAACCUGAAUCUUUGGAUAAAUGUGAGGAAUAGAUGACAACUUCCAUUUUUCUCACAUUAUACACAUGAUUGAUCUCACCUGUUAACACACCUGAUACAUUCCUUAAUUGACCUAGGUGUUAGACCACUCUCAUUACACAUCCAAAACAUAGUGACAUCUUCAGGUCUGCCGUAUUGUGUCCCUGAAAAUGAGGUAAUAUGUAUAGCAGAAAGGAUAACCUAGGUGUUGACGAAAAUGUACUGCUCCAAUUGAUUGGCUACUGAAGUGCUAUGUUGAAUUCUUUGUACGUUUGAACUGUAAACAAAAUGACACUCUUUUAGAUAUAGAUGUAAUGCUAGGAAGAUUUGUGGUGGAUUUGUGCUGAAUUAUGCUGUAUGUUUUCUGGCUGUCUACUAUUAAGGAGAUAUUGAGCUGCUUUGCCUGUAAGGUCAUAGGCAUAGGAGGAAAGAUACAGGUCUGUGUAACAGAGCUCAACAGGUAAGCAAACCUAAGUACCCGUACUUUCAGUUUUCAAUUUAUUCAAUAGGUGGUAUUACAUCUGUAUGUAUGUAUUCCUCUUUCCUGUUGUGCUGAAGCUUUAAUUUGUACAUGUAUUAACUAUAGUUACAUAUUGUAAGUCUUGCACAUGUAAUUUAGGAAUUGUGAAGUGAAGAGCUUUGUUAAUCAGGAAUGCGUUUAAUUUUAUGGUUCUGACAAGCAAUUUCAUACAGUGUUUUUUAGUUAUUUUUUUUGUUUCCUUUAAUAAUAGUCAUUAGAAGAAAAAAUUAUCGAAUAUUUAAAGGGCUCAAUAAGUAAAAAAAAUUCUAGCAUACCAAACUCUGCUGAUCAUCUGAAUAGAAAUGUGAAUGUGUGAUUAGGUUUUGUUACUCUUUGUAUAGCCAUGGUUAAUCGCGAAAAGAAGAGCACAUCAAAACGCCACCGUCUCAAUUCGUGGAAAUAAGACAAAUGUAUGGAACUAUAUUUUUAAGUGAGGACCGAAUUUCCUACGUGAUGUUAUGCAAUGAUCCCUUUGAUAUUACCAUAUAUUGUAUAUACUUGUUACUGAACUGUUUGUGUACAGUGUGAUUGAGAUGUAUUGUAAAUAGUGUUUCAUAUCCUUGUACUCGGUGUAAGGGUUUAUUAAUUAUGAAAACAUUCAUAAAGAUGUAGAGUCCCACAUUAAUUGUUCAUUAGUUGAGUUUUGCAUUCUUUGGUGAUAAGCAAUAAGUGCUAAUCUAAUGCUCUGUUGUCGUAGGAUAAAAUCCAGCUUGUUUAAUGACAUACAACCAUGUGAAUCAUGUUGAGCACAAAUAUAUAGAAUGAGCCACCUGCAAAACUGAGAAAAUCCUUCCGAAUAAUUUGUAAGUCCGCAAACAAGCCCUUUAAUUAAAUGUUUGAUCAUGAGAGUAUAGACAGUCCUGUUGAUAGUUUUAUGGGACUCUAUUUGUACAGUGAAGAUUUUAAAAAAGGAUGUAAAGUUCAUGUACUUUUCUUAAUCUCAGUCUGUGAGUACAUUUGACUCCAAUAAUAUUUUUUCUUGAUAAGGAAAGUUUACGAUUACAUUUGUAUCUGAUUCUUUAAAUUGUUGCAAUACUCUCUGUGUUUGGUUAAUGCGGUGUCAGGUUUUUAAAAGUGAACUUUAAUUUACUGUUUAAAUGAUCCAUUAAGUUCAGAUAGCUCCAGUAAUGUAGGUUGUCAUUUGAUUGUUUCAAAACAAAAGUGCAGUUUAUCGCAACACAUCCUAUGUGUACACCAUGGUUUGUGUGUCUGAUAAAUUUACAUCCCAAAUAAAGAAAACUUUGUUAAAAUCAAGCUAGUUGUUAGUCGUACUUUUGUAGAACCAAGCAUUUUAGCAUAUUAUAGCUUUAAAUGCCUUAAUGGAUUUUCAUACCCCUGGUAAAAUUUUGGAGGAUUGCAACUUAAAUCACGGGAUACACGAGCCCGAUAUAAGCCCAUAGAUAUACCGCAAGAUUUGUUUAAGUUAAGUAGUGUUAAGUGGCUUUGAUCCUUUGGGAAAGAUCUCGUCUGGUUGAUGGAUGAGGUCGUAUGAAUUCUGACAUUUCAGAAAAAAGACAUCUCCGUAUGAAAGACCAGAGCUUCUUAGCAGAAAUUUAGGCAUGGAGAGCAUGGAUGUAACAUCUACAUUUUAUUCCUCGUAAUCAUUUAUAUAUGUACUUUAGAAGGGAAAAGUUUGCAUAUUUUGUAUGUCCAUCUGUCAGAUUGUCACGGACAGUGGAAAUAUGCCGGUGUGUCAGGCAGAAAUUGGGUGGCUUUAAGGUUAGAGUUUUUUUUUUCAUUUUUCUGAAACAUACACUAUCCAUGUAUUUUUAAAGUCAAACUGCUACAUGUAGUUUAUAGUAGCUUCGCACAGGAAGAUAACAGAGCGGUCGGACCAUUUUUACACGAUAUCUUUCGAGUGACUUCCCUUGGAUUGUUGGCCGGUGUUGGAUAAUAUUUUUAACCAACGACCACCAAAACCACACUUAAGUUUCAGUCUAAAAUUCAAGCGUAAAUUUUCACUCCGUCCUCCUUGAGGUUCUAUAAAUACCUAUGUGCCGACUAGUUGUGCUAUCACAAUAACCUUAUGCACCUGUUAAGGAUGACAUGCAUCAAUUCCUUACUGACGAACAAGAAGUACGAUUGUUCGAGAUAUUCAAAUCGUUAAUGUGGGACAGACAAAAAGCUCUUUUCUCCAUGGUGUGUCCGAAUAAAAAAGGCAUAAAUAUUCGUUUUGCAACCAGAGCGCGUGGGUUUGUAGAUAUUUGUGCUUUUGUUGAACAGUGGUUUCUAAUUAGCCAGAGCUAAGCUUCUAAAUACUUGUACUAAUACCCGACAUCGAAGAUCUUGUAAACAUGUACAUCACAAAAAGUGCGUUUAAUUACACUCUUUUACUAAAGACAACCGACGUUAAACCUCAAGCAUACAUAUACAUAUAUUAAAAACGUGUAACGUCAGUCGUAUACAAGAUUGUCGGAAUUAACUGCAUGACAAUUGUUAAUCCACCAGGUAUAGGUACCAGGCCCCGAUAUGUUUGAUGAUUUUAUCAUUUUUUAGCUCGGCGAUUAGAAGUAAGGCCUUGUGUCGGUGUCUGUAUCCGAUUACACACAUCACAAUAGCCCUCUUUGUUUACCCUGGGUUGGUUCUGUACAAUGUAUCUGGUUGGAUUUAUUAUAGUUUGUAUGUAUGCUUGGAUUUUCACGUCAUACUUAAAAUGCAUAUAGGGAAAUAGAAUGGGAUACAUUGUGACAUCUAUAGUUUUAAUGUCGUUAUAUAAGUCUCUCAUCAAUAUUAAGACAUACCCUAAACCUUCCAUUCCCAAUUUACUCCGCGGAUGUAAGUGCGUGCGUGACACACAUAUUUGAAGUACAUUAUUUACCUCCCAAAGACCGUUGGUUUAUGCCAGGCAAUCC